AUGGUCAAUACGGGGAGCAAAGUUGGACCGCCUCCUCUCGUCCAAGCUACCAUUGCGAGCUCGAUUAAUCAAUCGCGAACUUCGGUCUACCGUCCAGCAUCUCUGACUGACCAAGACGUAGAACCAAACGAGAUACCCACCAUACAAGAACAACACGCCUAUACUAGUGACACCCAGGCUCAUGGGUGCCAAUAUUCACGGCAAUGCACGGCGAAACCGACUCAGUCCCCCGAUACAGGGUGGUUCCUUACCUCGAAGGCAUCCUUGGAUAUUGCGAAUCCAUCGUUCUAUUUUGUCUAUUCGGUCUCUUCGUUCACCAUAGGAAGAAGCAGCUUCAAACCAGAGAGUUUAUUCGCAUGGACUACUGAGCCGACUUGUAAGGCUCAGUGGCCUUGUCUCUGUACGGUCACGACAACUAUCAAGGCUCGGGAAUCCAUGUGUAUGUCUCGUAUCGUACAUAAAUUAAACGCCUUGAAUCAUGGACUGCAAUUUGGACGAGACAUGUUUCAACUUUCCAAGGACUCAUCU